GGGCGAGAGAGCGCGCGCGCACGCCGCACGACCACGCGUUUUUAAGGUUAGAACUGUCGGGCGGUUGCCAGGUGUUAUCAUCCCACUCUUUCCUACACACCCAUGUUAUAUCCUCUCUCUCAGCACGACAGCUGUUUUCUCUCAAGAGAUUAUUAGUCAGAUGUUUCUUGCGAACCCAUCUGCACUCACCUGACGCGAAUGGCUGCUGGAGGUCAUACAUCAAAACAGAGAAGAUCCGAAAUUUCCGCAUCCAUGGCUAUGAGAAAUGUCUCCAACACCCCGAGAAGACGUCGCGGAAGUUGCAAGUGCCUUUUUGGAGCUCCCGACAGAGACGAAACAAGGAGAUUGAUGGCAGAACAAUAUAGCAGGGAUAGAAAACGGUUUAUAAGAAGAUUUAACUUCGAUAUUGAUACGGAAUGUGCGUAUAAAUCUGCGAAGAUGGACUCUCCGGUUAAGUUUUUAGAGGAGAACAAAGAAAACUCGGAAAGCCCUGUUCUAAGGUCGUCAACGGAAACUUUAGCCUGUGUUGGGAAUACUGACUUGAAAAUGCUAGGGUCUCCAUCAAGAAGGAGUAAUAGCAGCGCGGCAAGUUCCCCCCGCACGCCGCGUACGCCCCGCACCCCUCGUGCGGCCAGGACCCCUAGAACUCCCAGGACUCCUGCUUCAAGGAGACAGCUACAAAUGACAGAUUAUUGGACGCUAAGAAAACACACGGAUUCAACGAGCGACAAGGAAAACUAGUAUUUAAUUUAUUUUAAUUAUAUUGCAUUUUAUUGUUUCCUUUUUGUAUUAAUUAGGGAAAUAAUAACAUUUUUAUUAUGUCCACAAAUGCCGUUGCAAGUAUUCUAUAAAUACUGGGUGAAAAAAAAACGCAAACUAAUGUAGCUAUUUUUUUAUUGCUACUUGAAAUCGUGUAUUGUUAUUUUAUGGUUUAUAUCCAUGCACUAACAAAAAAAGACAACCUUU